CUGCUCCCUACGGGCGUAAAAAAGUCACUUUACCGACAAAAUGUCUGCUACAGCGGGAAAUGUGGAAUGGUUCACUACCGUCUCAGCAUAUUCGCUGGGUUUUGUUAGUGGCAUUGGAGUCAUUGCCUAUCUUUCGGCGAAGGCGUUCCUGCCAAAGAGGGCGACCUCCACGGACCGUUUCACAUGGAUCUGGCUCACCUUUGACGCUUUAGUCCACUUUUCUUUCGAAGCCGUCUUCCUCUAUUACUCGGUUUUCGGCAAGCAGAUUGCCACCAGCGAUGGCAUUCUUCCCGAGAUGGUCAGGGAAUACGCACGGGCUGACUUGCGUUGGGCCGUUGCUGAUCCCACCGUCGUCUCCCUGGAAAUUCUCACCGUACUCGGUGCGGGACCCAUGGCCGUGUACAUCCUGAAGCAGCUCGCUGCGGAUGAUCUUGCUCGGCACUAUUGGAUUGUUGUGUUGUGCACAGCUGAACUCUACGGAGGAUGGAUGACAUUCUGCCCUGAAUGGCUAACGGGCAGCCCCAGCCUCGUUACCUCGAACCCGCUCUAUCUAUGGGUGUACCUCACGUUCAUGAACGUGAUCUGGGUCGUCAUCCCACUUGGCCUCAUGGUCGACUCGUAUAAACACAUUGCGGGCGCCCUUCGGACUGCCCAGGCCGUCAAACGGUCUGUCAAGUCAGAGUAAACCAACUCACCGCCUACUCGGCGCGCCGUGCUUGCUUCUCGACAGACUCGACACAAUCAUCAUUUCACCGCGCCUAAGUAUCUCCUGACCAUGUUGACUGAGCAGAUAAUUGAUCACAGCUCCCGAGAGCUCGAGUAUGAGGCCCUUCGGGAGUCGAUAAAUAGCCACCUAGUGAUGGAACAUUUUGCAGCAAUCUCGCGUAUCAGAGUUUGAAUUGAAGUCUACUAGUGCUGCGCCGGGUCCGCGCUUCUGUGCUGCCGCCGGAUACACCUAAAUAAAACAUGAUUUUCUCCGUUUGCU